CAAGAUGGCGACGACCACAAACCAAGAUGGCGACGGCCGAAAGACCAAGAUGGCGGAGACAACAAACCAUUAUGGCGAAGGCAAAAAUCCAAGAUGGCGACGGUCAAAAGACCAAGAUGACGACAGCCAAUAACCAUGAUGGCGACAGCUAAAAACCAGAGGGUGACGACCAAAAACCGAGAUGGCGAUGACCCCAAAAACCAAGAUGGCGACGGCCCAAAAAAUCAGAUUGAUGUACUGUAAUCAUCACAACAUGCUUCAAGCCAACAAAACACUGCUUCAAUCCCUAUUUGUUGGCGUUUAGCCUUUCAAAAACAACAUCUUCACUGCAGCGGCGAUCAACAGCACCAUAAACCUGAAUGAAUUAUACUGUGGUGCUCGUGGUUUCUGUUAAAUGAACUGGACGAUUGAAUUGUGGAGAAUCUAACCGAUCUAACGACGUGUAACGUCCAUAUUGACAAAAGUUACCCGACGUUUAAAACACGUAGGCACACCCAGCGAGUAAAAGGGACUUUGCGUUUAAUUGGGUCUUUUAAUUGGAAGUUUUAGGGUAUAUAAAAUACAAAAUCCACCGUAAAAACAACCUAAACAUGAGUAGAACUAAAACAUGGAGUAGAGUAGUGGUCAAGCCCAACAUGAGAUGCACUUUUGUUUGAUGCACAUUUGUUUGGCCACUGAUUUGCUGCCUGCAGCUCCAUUUUGGUUUUCUGACCUGUGACUGGUUGGCUCAAACUGGCUAGGUAACAGAUGACAUGUGUUUAAGGGGGAGGGGACUAAACAGACUUUAUAAUAUAUAAAGAUGAAAUGACUGAAACUAUUUCAACAAGACAUCAACAGCAACAAGACAUCAUACAUCUACUGCCUGCUUUUACAAGACAAGAUGUCCAGCAAACUUCUUCAGCCUGAAAUGAAGGUGCCACCAACGUUGAAGAUUCUGCUCGUUGGAAUGACUGGAGGUGGGAGGACUUCAGCCAUGAACGUCCUCCUGGGGAGACCUGGUUUGACUCAGACGACGGCUUCCUCACAGACAACAGAGUGCAAGAUAGAGGAGAGAGAGUUUAAUGGACAACAACUGGUUGUCAUCGAUACUCCAGGUCUGAUGCAUACAGAGAAAGGUGAAGACCAGGUAAAGAAAGACAUCAUGGAAUGCAUUGCAGCCGCUGCUCCUGGUCCUCAUGUGUUCCUGCUGGUGAUGAAGUCAAACCGUCCCACAGACGGGGACAAACGCACGAUGGAAAUCAUUCAGGAGAUUUUUGGUCCAGAGUCCAAGAAUUACACUUUGGCCUUGUUCACCGGCGGAGAUGAAUUUCAACCCAAGGACGAAGACGUACAGAAGACCUUCCUCAAAGGCAACAUCGUUGGCCACCAUACUUUUGACAACACGGGCAAGAAGUUCCCCGACCAAGUGCCUGAGCUCCUGAAGAAGAUCAACAACAUGGUUCGGAAAAACGGAGAGGAGCCUAUUUACACCUGUGACAUGUUGAGAAAGGUACAGGAAGUCAAAGUGCAGGAAAUGGAGAAAUUUAAAGGUGACGGCCCAAAGGAAGAACAAGUUCUGCGUAACGUGGUUCACAGGCUUUUAUCUGGCUUGGUGGGUGAGGAUGUGGCAAGUUCAGUGCUCGCUAAAGUUGAUGGUUUGGUGAAGAAAGUGUGCGAUAUAGUGAAGUGAAACCAACCAAAAUUCAAAAAGUUAUGAAACAGGGAAAUCAAAGUGGUGUUUUUCAUCUUUAUUUUUGCUUUUUCACACGGCGAGAACUGAAGCUGUUAUCUAUCAAAGCCACCAGACUCCUUUAAAAAAAACAGUGAUUUUACCUCUCAGAACACGGGAGUUGCUGAUCUACUGCUGCCUCGAUCGGUUAGCUUGUUUGUGUUAUAAAAACAUUUAAAUAUAUAUAGUAAUGAAUAAAUGUCAAAUGCAAUGAAUGAAUGCAUGAAAUGAUGAUUAAUCAAAUAUUAACAGACAUUAUGUUCCUGUACUCUUUCUAAAGACAAAUGUUGAUUUUAAAUCAUUGGAGAGGAAAAGUUUUAUACAACAAAAUCACCAGCAAAUAAAGACGAUGCAAACUAAA